AUGAUUAAAAAUAUUUUAGUUAUAUUUUGUUUUCUAUACAUUAAUAGUUGCGAAACAUUUAAAGGAUUUUAUAAGAAUUCCGAUAAUAGAUUUUUGCAAAGCAAAAUUAAUGUUCUUACAUGGUUAACUAAUGUAUUGUAUCCAUCUGAAAAUCCCAAAUAUUUCAAAAAAUAUUUAGAUUAUCGAGGCUGUCGAGAAUAUUUUUUGAAACCAUCAUAUGAAUUAAUUGAUUUAAAUAAUUUGUGGUUACAAACUAAUAAUUGGACUAUUAAUAAUGAAGAUGCUAUAAUAGAAUAUGUAGGAAAAGAUAGUUGCAGAGAACCUAAUCAUCCUUUCCCUUUUGGAUGGUUAGACAAUAGAAUGACAACUAGAACAUCUUUAAUUAAAAAAGAUUUUUUUUGUAAAAAAACUAUUGCUCAACUAGAAGUUCAAAUAAAUAAUGCACAAACAUGUGGUUUUAUUUUUCGUGUUAUCGGUGAGAGAAAUUACUGGGCAUUGAUAAUAGACAAUAAAGUGCUAAAAUUAGUACGUGUAAAAGAUGGUGAAUUAAUAGUAUUGAAAGAAUUUAAAGAAUUAAAAAUAAAAAAUAAUGAAUGGUAUAUUUUAUUUGUUCAAGAAAUUAUUAAAGAUAUCAAAAUUAGAGGUGGAAUAUAUGGAGAUCUUUCUAUUGAUUAUCUCAGAAAAAGUGAAGAUGAAUCUGAAUAUAAUGAAAAUAAACAAGGAUCUGUCGGAUUGAUAGCUAGUAAAGGAAAUUGCAAAUUCAGAAAUAUAAUUUUAAGAGGUAAGAAAUGGAGCCAAGAAUAUGAAAUGUUAAAAAAAUCAAAAAGUUCACUGUUAUAUGACAUUGAAGAAAUAGAAAGAUUGUAUGAGAAUACCAAGGAAUGGUGUCCUAAAGCAUCUUUAUGUUCCAAGAAAAAGCACGAAACAAUAGAUUUUUAUGAUAAAACUAAUAUAUAG